AAGAUUUGAUCAGUGAUUUAAUAGUUAUUACUACUACUAAAAACAGUGAUAAGGGCAAAAAAUCUAUGGUAGUGGUGGAAAAAGAGAAAAGAUUUUCCAAAAACUUUGGCAAAUUUCCUCAAUCUAAAUUAGGAGUAAUGAUGGUUGAAAAAUCAAUGGUCAAAGUAAACCUCAUUAUUAAAGAAAAUGCACAAGAUUUGAUAUCUUCUACAAAAACAGCUGAGCUUAUGGAAACUCGUGCAAAAUUUCGUGAAACAUUUGAAAAACCACUUGGAUGGUUUAAUUCAGUAAAAUUGGAAGAAGGUGUUUACUUUCAAGCACCAGAUGAUAUUACCAAACCAGAUUCACUGUAUUUAAAAUUUCAAAAUGUUUUAAAAGAAAUUAUUGAAAAGGAACCUGAAUUGGCUGAACAAGUAAAAAAUGGUGAAAAAGAUUUAGGAGUUUUAGAGAAUCAUGAAAAAGCUAGGGAAUUUCUUGGACUUGGACCACCAGUAACUUCACUAGUAACUUUACCAUCCGAACAAGAAGAAUUAGAAGAUUCUUAA